AUGAUCAAAUCAAUAACAGAUAAUAUUUAUUUUUCUUUAAAUUAUGCAUCAAAAUUUGUUAAACGUUUUCCAUCCCUUACUCACAUUGAACUUCAAGUAUUUUCAUUCGAUAAUUGUGUAUAUCUUAUUGAAAUUUUUCUUACUCGUCUGGAAAAUGUAUCUUAUCUUAAAAUUUAUUAUAAACAUGAUACAUUAUUUGAUGAUCCUUUUUCAUAUGAUUAUCUUAUUAGAAAACGCCGCCAAACAUUUCUUAAUAAUAUUGUUGACGAAUAG